AUGGCUAUUCACCCUACAGUUCUGAUCCUUGUGGUCUCUCUUUCCUCACUGAGUCUGGCUGUUGAUGUCGAGACAUUUGUUAAAAUGCAAACCACAUUCGAAAUAUGGGGGUCUUGGAGUUCAUGUUCAGGAUUAUGUGGAAUACAGGGUACUCGGUAUCGAACACGGGGAUGCCAUCACUGGAUUAUGGGAUUUAUGCGUUUUUCAACUGAGUGUCCGAUGUAUGGCAGGGAAACCCAAACUUGCCAGGUUGUUUGCUUACAGUCUAAAACCACCACCUCCUCCGCAGGUGACUGGGGUCCGUGGGGACAAUAUUCGGCCUGUGACAAGACCUGCGGGGGUGGUCUACGGAUAAGAUAUAGGGCCUGCCGCAUCGGUUCAUGCGUAGGAGACUCCUUGCAGUCUUCAUUAUGCAAUGCUCAACACUGUCCUGCAUCGACAACUAUCCCAAGCACCUCAACAACGACUACUGCAGCACCAACAACUACCACAAAUUGGUGGAUAACGUUAACAACUUCUCUUAAACAAGUACACAUGGUCACCGUGAGAAGAUGA